AUGCGGAGGACACUUCUCCUCGUCCUCGCCGGUGGCGCAGCCGUCUACGCCCGCCCAGUUCCAAAUCCGGCGGCGACGCUGACCCCAGACCAAAUCGAGAGAGGCUGCACCCUCGACCUGAUCCCAUUCCGUCGCGAAUGUCACGUAGUGAAGAACGAAAACACUACUCUCCGGCAUGUUGGAGACACGCCGGCCCCAGAUCCUUUAUUCGACGUGGGCUGUGACUGGGACGAGGGCGCCCCCCUUCCGCAUCACUGCCAUCUGGGCGGCUGGGAAAUUGAGAACCCCCUCCCCGACGUGGUCCGCUGGCUUCGCGGUUUUCCUUCUCCAGAUGGACACCCUACAGUUACCGGCACGCAAACCGAGACAGUCCCCGUGCCGACCACAAUCACGGUUCCAGUGCCGACCACAAUCACGGUUCCAGUGCCUACCAGUCCAGUGCCCACAAGCCCUGUGCCGACGAGCCCUGUGCCGACGAGCCCUGUGCCAACCAAGAGCCCGGGUGCCAACUACAAGUCCUUACCGACGACAACCACGGUUCCUGUACCUACCAGCCCUGUGCCGACCAGCCCUGUGCCGACCAGUCCUGUGCCAACCACAAGCCCUGUGCCCACCACGAGCCCUGUGCCGACCAGCACUCCGACCAUAACCACAAGCCCUGUGCCGACCAGCCCUGUGCCAACCACAACAACGAGCCCUGUGCCAACCAGCCCUCCAACCACAACAACGAGUCCUGUGCCGACCAGCCCUGUGCCAACCACGAGUCCUGUACCAACCACAAGCCCUGUGCCCACCACGAGCCCUGUGCCGACCAGCACUCCGACCAUAACCACAAGCCCUGUGCCGACCAGCCCUGUGCCAACCACGAGUCCUGUACCAACCACAAGCCCUGUGCCCACCACGAGCCCUGUGCCGACCAGCACUCCGACCAUAACCACAAGCCCUGUGCCGACCAGCCCUGUGCCAACCACAACAACGAGCCCUGUGCCAACCAGCCCUCCAACCACAACAACGAGUCCUGUGCCGACCAGCCCUGUGCCAACCACGAGUCCUGUACCAACCACAAGCCCUGUGCCCACCACGAGCCCUGAGCCCACCACGAGCCCUGUGCCAACCAGCCCUGUGCCAACUACAAGCCCUGAGCCCACCACGAGCCCUGUGCCGACCAGCACUCCGACCAUAACCACAAGCCCUGUGCCGACCAGCCCUGUGCCAACCACGAGUCCUGUACCAACCACAAGCCCUGUGCCCACCACGAGCCCUGAGCCCACCACGAGCCCUGUGCCAACCAGCCCUGUGCCAACUACAAGCCCUGAGCCCACCACGAGCCCUGUGCCGACCAGUCCUGUGCCUACUACAACCAAGAGCCCAGUGCCGACCAGCCCAGUACCAACCACAACAACGAGCCCUGUGCCAACCAGCCCUCCAACCACAACAACGAGUCCUGUGCCAAGCCCAACGCAUGACCCGAAUAAGAAUGGGCCCGACGCGCUCGACACGCUCCGACAUUUGAAGAAGGAUAAUACAGCCUUGAAAGUUGGUCUCGGUGUUGGAUUGGGUUUUGGUAUCCCCGCCGCUGCUGCUGCCGGGUGGGUCGCAAAGACUCUUGCCGUGGCUAGGGCUGUGCCCGAAAUCGGAAGUGUCUUGGCGGAGGGCCUGCACGUCAACUCACUGGCGAGCCUCGGGGAAUUCGGGCUGGGAAACAUCCCGCAGUUGUCGGGCUCCAGUCACCCAGGCUCCUCCGAUCUGUCCCAGAACCCUUGGGAAAGCGCCCCUGAGGAAGAGUUCUACGAUGACGUGGGCGACGUCGAGGACUGGUCGGGCCCCACUCACAACGACGACUCCGAUCUAUCCCAGAACCCUUGGGACAGCACCCCUGAGGAAGAGGUCUUCGACGAGGACGCCAGUGAGAUCCAGGACGGGACCGAGCACGAUGGUUACACCGAUAGCAGCGGCGAGUUCGAGGACCGCCCGGAUGAUGUGACCGAAAACGCGGAUGAGCGCAUCGAGGACUGGCUGGACAACGUUGAAGAUGAGUACGGGCCUCGCCAGUUCGAAAACCUGGAGGACCUGGGCCACGACGUGACCGAUUCUGUCGAGGAGCUGGAAAGCAUGUUGCGCGAGGCGGGCUACAACAGCGAGGAGGUAGAACAGCUCGUGACCGAGUUCCAGGCCGACCUGGCUGCGUCGUCGGAGUCUUACAUGUCCGGCGCUGAAGGAGCCGCUGAAGGAGCCGCCGAAGGAGCCGCCGAAGGAGCCGCCGAAGGAGCCGGCUCUAUUUUCGAAUGGCUUUCUGAUACGGUUGCUAACGUGGUUGGUGGUGCCGCCAACGCGGCUGGCGGUGCCGCGAACGUGGCUGGCGGUGCUGCCAACGCGGCAGCUGGCGGUGCUGCGAACGUGGUUGGCGGUGCUGCCAACGUGGUUGGUGGUGCUGCGAACGCGGCUGGCGGUGCUGCCAACGCGGCUGGUGGCGCCUCUUCGGCGAUAGAAUCGUUCGGUGCCGAAAUGGCUGCGGAUGUUGCAUCUUCAGGAGCGGGCGCCGAGGCGGUAGCUGACGCCCUCAUCCAGGCAGGUGUCCCUGCCGGCAAUGUCGCAUCCACCUCGCAAGCUAUCGCCAAUGCAAUCAAGGCGCUGCCCCAAGCAGGGUCAAGCAAUGCGGCGCGCAACGCCGCCCUCAAUGUCAUCUCAAAGGCUAUCACACCUCGAGGCGCGGCCAUGUCUGAAGCAGCGUCAGCCGCAUUGGGCGGUGCACCUGCUGAGACUGUGGCCAAUGCCCUCCGCGAGGCUGGGGUUCCUGAAGAUGCUGUCGACGGUACGGUCAAGGCCGUGAAUGAUGCCAUCGAAGGAGCCAGGGCCGCCGGAGAGGCCGGGUCCAAGCUCAGUACUGCCGCGAUCAACGCCAUCUCGCGCGCCUUCCCUCCGGAUUCCGCUGAGACCAGCUCUGGGGGAUUCUCCGAUGUUGCCGACUCGACCAGGGAAAUUUCCCGGGCCUUGAUGAAUGUCGUCGGGACCUCGUACAACUUCUGGCACGAGUACCCGAAAGCUAUCUACAACAUCCUCAAGAAGCUUCAGCACAAAAAGCACUCGAAGAUCUCGAAGACCUCGAAGGCUCUGGCAAAGAUCCUUGGGAACGGCCCGCCACCAGAGAUGGGACCCUACAGGGGCCUCACCUUUCCGUUCCAUCCCAAGAGGAUUCGGGGCAACAGCGUAAAGGUAUUGCCCGGAGAGGGUGGCAAGACACCCAGCACGAGCCCAUCGCCCAGCGCGAGCGUAUAUCGACUGUCCAAGAGCCCGUCGCCGACCGAAAAAGGCCCUGACAAGACGCCCAGCAUGAGCCCAUCUCCCAGCACGAGCCCAUCCCAACCGUCCAAGAGCCCGUCGCCGACCGGAAAAGGCCCUGACAAGACGCCCAGCAUGAGCCCAUCUCCCAGCACCAGCCCAUCCCAACCGUCCAAGAGCCCGUCCCAGACCGGAAACGCUGAAAAGGCAACUGGGACAAGCUCAGCUGCUGCGCCAGAUCCCACAGGGAAGGGAUUCUGUGCGCGCGUAACGAACGAGGAAAUGGACGAAGUGAUCAAGAAUGAUGGCAAGACGCUGACUGACGGCCUGACACGCUUCAUCGACCAAACCACCAGGUCCGACUACCUGGCCUCCCUGAAGCUGAACCAUUCGGAAGUCGACAGGCUGCUCAAGGCCGUCCCAAUUGCAAUCUGCAGCAUGCACAUCGACCCGAACACUGUCAUCGUGUUACCGGCGGGGUUGAUGGAGCCCGAGGAGACGCUGAAGAUGAUGCUGUCCCUGUGGAACGAGCUGUUGAAGAUCAAGCCGGAUGGCACAAGCACGGCCCCGCCCGCUCCGCCAGCGCCCAAAACGGGUUAUUGUGCGAGCCUGACGGAGGAAGAUCUGGCUUUGGCACGUCACGUCAAAGUGGGUGACAAGUCUUUUCAAUAUGGUGGUGUCAACAAGACCGCACUCGCAAGGUAUGCGAGAGACGACCCUGCUGAUUUCGCCAGCUUUCUCAACACGUUGGACGACCACUUCUUGAUGUGUGCGAUGCAAAUCAGACUGGAAUCCCCUACGACUUCAGGCCUGGAGAAAGCCCAGGCCCAGUACAUCUCGCGGUUGGGUGAGGAGUUGAUGAGCGCCGUGUCAGAGAUUCGCACCGCUGGCACGGACUCUGACAGCUUGGGACCAGCGGCCCCUGAUGCACAAGAGGAUCUCAACUAUGUGCUCAUCGACGUCCCAAAGCUGACGCUGCCCCGCGGGCGAUUCUGCGAAAUCCUCAGGGACGAGGCUACGUUCGAGAAAAUGAUGCAGGAUGAGCCCUUUCGUAACGAUGAGCUGGCGCGCGAGCAGAUGUUGAUGGACGGCCUGGACUUUUUCAAACUCCACAGGGAUCUGUAUCUGCUGUACCUGAAAUUGCAUCCUGAUGAACUCGCCUCAGCGGUGGAUACUGUGGAUGAUGCGGAGUGCAGGAUACGUCAGACUCUUGACGAUCAACCGAUUCGGAUCAAAAAGCCAAACGCAUUCCUUUCGUCAGUGCAAACUAUGUUGGAGGCACUACGAGAGACCCAGAGGGACUGA